ACUGUCUGAGGCACCGGCGGCACCGCAGCUCUGAGAGCGACGCUCCGAUCCCAGAGGGCAUGAGGGCUCGCCGCCUCCUGUUCGUGCUGUGCUGCUCCAGCAUCCUCACGGUCACCGGCUGCAUCAAAGCUGAUGGACAUUUGUGUGUGAGUGACUACUUUCGCAACAUCUCUUGUAUAUUGAACAUCUCUGGUAACCCCGUUGGAGAAUCCAGCACCAGCUACAGCCUGAAGUUCUUCCACUGUGAAAGGAGGUAUCCCGAUGUCUCCUGUCCGCUCACGGUGACGAGUCACGGCUACAGCUGCAACUGUGAACUCAAGCACAGUUCAGAUCGUUUUACUGAUUACGAUGAAUAUGAAAUAAAAGUCUGUGCUGAGUCUGACUGCCACCUGGACCUGGAAACGACGUUUCAACCAUCAAGAAACAUUCAGCUGACGCCGCCGCCUGAGCUUUUGGUUGACAACACGUCCCAAACUUGGAACAUUACUUUGAAAAGUCGGUAUGACGAGCAUCCGUACCUCGCCAACUUCCUCAAGUAUGAGCUCCUGCUUCAAAUGUUCCAAAACAGCAAAGUCACAAACAAAAUUCUUCCUCUCAUGUCACCUGCGAGGUCUGAACUGAUCGAUGAAGGAUCCCAGCUCACAGCAGAUGCAGAACAUUGCAUUAAAGCCAGAUUCAUGGCUGAUGAAAGGUAUUACGAUGGAGUUUGGAGCAAAUGGAGUGAACCGAAGUGCAGGAAACCCAAAGCAGCAGCAGCAGAAGAAACCUUCUCAGAACAGGAAAGUGUGUUUGUCAUUCUGGCCAAAUGCCUGGGCCCAGUGUGUGCCUGUGUUGGAGUCCUGCUGUUGGUGCUCUACAGUCCUGCUGCAAGGAUGAAGAUAAAAACUCUGUCUCACACACCAUCACCAGCACCGUUCUUUCAGCCGCUGUAUCAGCAGCAUCACGGCAACCUCCAGGAAUGGCUUUCGUCUCAUGGAGAAGUUGUUGUAACGUACAAAACUGAGGAGAUCUCAACAACCAAUGUUGUGACUGUUGUGCCAAAAUCCAUCACCAAGCACCCAGAGGAGAGCCAGAUCUCCCACGACCCUCCAGUAACACAGCUGGUCCUCACUCAGUGUCCAACCUCCUACGUCAGCUUACCAGGGAUGCAUAAGGCCCCUCCUCCUGUAACUAUGGUCUGCCCAAAGGACACUUCUUACACUCAGCUCCCUUGUGCCGUCUGGGGCCUCAGCGUUGCAGAAGUAGAAGUUUCCUCCCCUCCUCCUAAAGAUUUCUUAGAGCUCAGCUGUGCCGACUCUGGCUGCAGCUGUGAGGACCUCAGCCAAAGCCCCCAGUUCAGUUUACCAGCCAGUCCUGCUGAGGAGCGAGCGCCACCGUGCUACAGCAGCGAUUACUGCAUUCUCAACAAGACCGCUGAGGGCGUCGUUCCUGUUUUAGUGUCCAAAGAAAACAGUGUCAAAGCUUCGCCUGAUUGCCUGCAGAAGGAUGAGGGCUAAAUGAUCCUGUCUAUACAACAACAGCUCUAUAGAACAGAAAGGGUCCAAAAUUUGACUUGAUAAUCCCAAAAACAACCUCUUCCUGUGUUCUGUUGUGUUCCUGAUCGCUCUUCUUAUCAAGGAGCUCCAGGUUUGUGCUGGAACUCCACAGCACGUUUCUGAUGCCUCUGAAUGUGUCUUACUGUUACUCGUUAUGAAGCAAACUGCACUAACGACGUAUCUUGGAGGCUUUUGCUUUGGCUGACCUGCUAAACUUGACCACUGGUCGUAGUGUGACCUUCACAUCAGCUUUCUAUGAAACAUGUCCUCACGCAGAGCAGAAUCAUUUCUUUAUUCGCCUCGUUUACAAAAUGUUUUCAUAAAUAAAGAGACAUAAAAUAA